AUGCUGCUGCUGCUUCUGCUACUGCUGCUGCUGCUUCCAGGUCCCAGCUUGGACCAGCACAGCUUCCUGGGUGGCCCUGUGCACCCAGUAGAUGGCCAGGACACAGAGGUCCAGAGAGAUGCUCCAAGCAGCCCCAGGCACCAGCCUCUCCUAGAUCCCGCAUGGGUCAGCGUGGAAGCAGGAGGGCCUCCUCCCAGGACAGGACAAUCGGGCAUGCCCUGGGGCUCAGGGCCACCUCUCCCCGCUCCGCAGUGGCGGCCUGUGAGGCCCGGCGCGUCGCCUCCACCUCCCCCAAUCGAUCCGGGACCUGGCCCCGCGGCUCCAGGGAGCAACGGCAGCUCCUCCUGCCCCGCGGAGCGGGAGGACCAGGGCCAGGUCAGCGUGGAAGCAGGAGGGCCUCCUCCCAGGGCGGGACCAUCAGGCAUGCCCUGGGGCUCAGGGCCACCUCUCCCCGCUCCGCAGUGGCGGCCUGUGAGGCCCAGCGCGUCGCCUCCACCUCCCCCACUCGAUCCGGGACCUGGCCCCGCGGCUCCAGGGAGCAACGGCAGCUCCUCCUGCCCCGCGGAGCGGGAGGACCAGGGCCAGGUCAGCGUGGAAGCAGGAGGGCCUCCUCCCAGGGCGGGACCAUCGGGCAUGCCCUGGGGCUCAGGGCCACCUCUCCCCGCUCCGCAGUGGCGGCCUGUGAGGCCCGGCGCGUCGCCUCCACCUCCCCCACUCGAUCCGGGACCUGGCCCCGCGGCUCCAGGGAGCAACGGCAGCUCCUCCUGCCCCGCGGAGUGGGAGGACCAGGGCCAGGUCAGCGUGGAAGCAGGAGGGCCUCCUCCCAGGGCGGGACCAUCGGGCAUGCCCUGGGGCUCAGGGCCACCUCUCCCCGCUCCGCAGUGGCGGCCUGUGAGGCCCGGCGCGUCGCCUCCACCUCCCCCACUCGAUCCGGGACCUGGCCCCGCGGCUCCAGGGAGCAACGGCAGCUCCUCCUGCCCCGCGGAGCGGGAGGACCAGGGCCAGGUCAGCGUGGAAGCAGGAGGGCCUCCUCCCAGGGCGGGACCAUCGGGCAUGCCCUGGGGCUCAGGGCCACCUCUCCCCGCUCCGCAGUGGCAGCCUGUGAGGCCCGGCGCGUCGCCUCCACCUCCCCCACUCGAUCCGGGACCUGGCCCCGCGGCUCCAGGGAGCAACGGCAGCUCCUCCUGCCCCGCGGAGCGGGAGGACCAGGGCCAGGUCAGCGUGGAAGCAGGAGGGCCUCCUCCCAGGGCGGGACCAUCGGGCAUGCCCUGGGGCUCAGGGCCACCUCUCCCCGCUCCGCAGUGGCGGCCUGUGAGGCCCGGCGCGUCGCCUCCACCUCCCCCACUCGAUCCGGGACCUGGCCCCGCGGCUCCAGGGAGCAACGGCAGCUCCUCCUGCCCCGCGGAGCGGGAGGACCAGGGCCAGGUCAGCGUGGAAGCAGGAGGGCCUCCUCCCAGGGCGGGACCAUCGGGCAUGCCCUGGGGCUCAGGGCCACCUCUCCCCGCUCCGCAGUGGCGGCCUGUGAGGCCCGGCGCGUCGCCUCCACCUCCCCCACUCGAUCCGGGACCUGGCCCCGCGGCUCCAGGGAGCAACGGCAGCUCCUCCUGCCCCGCGGAGCGGGAGGACCAGGGCCAGGUCAGCGUGGAAGCAGGAGGGCCUCCUCCCAGGGCGGGACCAUCGGGCAUGCCCUGGGGCUCAGGGCCACCUCUCCCCGCUCCGCAGUGGCGGCCUGUGAGGCCCGGCGCGUCGCCUCCACCUCCCCCACUCGAUCCGGGACCUGGCCCCGCGGCUCCAGGGAGCAACGGCAGCUCCUCCUGCCCCGCGGAGCGGGAGGACCAGGGCCAGGUCAGCGUGGAAGCAGGAGGGCCUCCUCCCAGGGCGGGACCAUCGGGCAUGCCCUGGGGCUCAGGGCCACCUCUCCCCGCUCCGCAGUGGCGGCCUGUGAGGCCCGGCGCGUCGCCUCCACCUCCCCCACUCGAUCCGGGACCUGGCCGCGCGGCUCCAGGGAGCAACGGCAGCUCCUCCUGCCCCGCGGAGCGGGAGGACCAGGGCCAGGUCAGCGUGGAAGCAGGAGGGCCUCCUCCCAGGGCGGGACCAUCGGGCAUGCCCUGGGGCUCAGGGCCACCUCUCCCCGCUCCGCAGUGGCGGCCUGUGAGGCCCGGCGCGUCGCCUCCACCUCCCCCACUCGAUCCGGGACCUGGCCCCGCGGCUCCAGGGAGCAACGGCAGCUCCUCCUGCCCCGCGGAGCGGGAGGACCAGGGCCAGGUCAGCGUGGAAGCAGGAGGGCCUCCUCCCAGGGCGGGACCAUCGGGCAUGCCCUGGGGCUCAGGGCCACCUCUCCCCGCUCCGCAGUGGCGGCCUGUGAGGCCCGGCGCGUCGCCUCCACCUCCCCCACUCGAUCCGGGACCUGGCCCCGCGGCUCCAGGGAGCAACGGCAGCUCCUCCUGCCCCGCGGAGCGGGAGGACCAGGGCCAGGUCAGCGUGGAAGCAGGAGGGCCUCCUCCCAGGGCGGGACCAUCGGGCAUGCCCUGGGGCUCAGGGCCACCUCUCCCCGCUCCGCAGUGGCGGCCUGUGAGGCCCGGCGCGUCGCCUCCACCUCCCCCACUCGAUCCGGGACCUGGCCCCGCGGCUCCAGGGAGCAACGGCAGCUCCUCCUGCCCCGCGGAGCGGGAGGACCAGGGCCAGGUCAGCGUGGAAGCAGGAGGGCCUCCUCCCAGGGCGGGACCAUCGGGCAUGCCCUGGGGCUCAGGGCCACCUCUCCCCGCUCCGCAGUGGCGGCCUGUGAGGCCCGGCGCGUCGCCUCCACCUCCCCCACUCGAUCCGGGACCUGGCCCCGCGGCUCCAGGGAGCAACGGCAGCUCCUCCUGCCCCGCGGAGCGGGAGGACCAGGGCCAGGUCAGCGUGGAAGCAGGAGGGCCUCCUCCCAGGGCGGGACCAUCGGGCAUGCCCUGGGGCUCAGGGCCACCUCUCCCCGCUCCGCAGUGGCGGCCUGUGAGGCCCGGCGCGUCGCCUCCACCUCCCCCACUCGAUCCGGGACCUGGCCCCGCGGCUCCAGGGAGCAACGGCAGCUCCUCCUGCCCCGCGGAGCGGGAGGACCAGGGCCAGGUCAGCGUGGAAGCAGGAGGGCCUCCUCCCAGGGCGGGACCAUCGGGCAUGCCCUGGGGCUCAGGGCCACCUCUCCCCGCUCCGCAGUGGCGGCCUGUGAGGCCCGGCGCGUCGCCUCCACCUCCCCCACUCGAUCCGGGACCUGGCCCCGCGGCUCCAGGGAGCAACGGCAGCUCCUCCUGCCCCGCGGAGCGGGAGGACCAGGGCCAGGUCAGCGUGGAAGCAGGAGGGCCUCCUCCCAGGGCGGGACCAUCGGGCAUGCCCUGGGGCUCAGGGCCACCUCUCCCCGCUCCGCAGUGGCGGCCUGUGAGGCCCGGCGCGUCGCCUCCACCUCCCCCACUCGAUCCGGGACCUGGCCCCGCGGCUCCAGGGAGCAACGGCAGCUCCUCCUGCCCCGCGGAGCGGGAGGACCAGGGCCAGCACAGUCUUCCCCAGGAGCCUUCGGGCUUCUCCACACUCAGCUCUCAUCUUUGGUGGCGCCUCCAGAAGCCUUCGGUGCUUCGGGGCCGAGGACUGCAGGGCUCUCACGGUCAGCGUGGAAGCAGGAGGGCCUCCUCCCAGGGCGGGACCAUCGGGCAUGCCCUGGGGCUCAGGGCCACCUCUCCCCGCUCCGCAGUGGCGGCCUGUGAGGCCCGGCGCGUCGCCUCCACCUCCCCCACUCGGUAA